GAAAACCUAGACUCCGCGGGCGGCCCCAUUAUCAAAUUUCAAUUUUCCCGGCCUGGGUCAGUCGCCUUACUAAAUUCUCCUUUUCUUCUCCUUCUGUUAGAAAACAAGAAUACACACAUCAUGGUCGGGGUUAAGCGCCGUGUCGAUACCGGCGACGAUCGCGAUGGCAAGCGGACGAAAACGAAGACUGCGGUUCCCGCGUCGACGAAGAAAGGUGGCUCCAAGUCCGCGCCUGUGAAGUCGGCGAAGAAGGCCGACUUCAAGAAGGGAUCCGACAAGGGCGGAAAGAAGGAUAAGAAGGAUUUGAGCAGCAAGAAGGGCAAGAAGGCGCGGAAGGAAGAAUCCGAAGACGAGGAGGACGAUGAGGAUGAGUUCGACUUGGAUGAUGUUGAGGAUUCUGAGAUUGAUGAGUUGGAUGAGCUUGAGGGUGAUGAUGAUGAGGAUGUUGAUAUGGGUGGAGUUGAGGACGAGGGUGACGACGAUGACGAGGAGGCAGAGAAGCCUACGAAGGCAGCAGAUCCAAACAAGUCCACGUCGCGCGAAUCGCAUAUCAAGCAGAAGGCCAUGCAGCAAGAACGCAAAGCCGCCAAACCCAACGCCGACAUUAUCGCCCGCUCCAAGAAGCUUUGGGAGCAGCUGCGCCGGAAGUCCCACGUCCCGCUCGAGCAGAGAAAGAAGCUCAUCAAGGAGCUUUUCGAGAUCAUCACCGGCCGUGUCAAGGACUUUGUGUUCAAGCACGACUCGGUUCGUGUCGUCCAGACCGCUCUGAAAUACGCCAACAUCGAGCAACGGAAACAGAUCGCCGCGGAGCUCAAGGGCAGCUACCGCGAGCUUGCGCAGAGCCGGUAUGCCAAGUUCUUGGUCGGCAAGUUGAUUGUUCACGGUGACAAUGAGAUUCGCGACCUGAUCAUCCCCGAGUUCUACGGCCACGUCAAGCGCCUCAUCCGACACCCCGAGGGAUCCUGGAUUCUCGACGAUAUCUACCGGACAGUUGCGACGAAGCAGCAGAAGGCCAACCUUCUGCGUGAGUGGUACGGACCCGAGUUCGUCAUCUUCAAGCAGGAGAACGGAACCGCCGAGCUUUCUGAGAUUCUGAAGGAAAGCCCCGAGAAGAGAGGACCCAUCAUGCACUCUCUGUUCGAACUCAUCAACCAGCUCGUCCAGAAGAAGAACUCUGGCUUCACCAUUCUCCACGACGCCAUGCUCCAGUACUAUCUCAACGUUAAGGUCGGCAGCACGGAGGCUAACGAGUUCGUUGAGCUUCUGAAGGGUGAUGAAGAGGGAGAUCUUGUCAAGAACUUGGCAUUCACCAAGUCGGGCGCGCGGGUGAUGUCUCGGGCUCUGGCUUACUCGAACGCUAAGGACCGCAAACUUCUGACUCGUUUCUAUCGCGAUACGAUCAAAAUGAUGGCAGGUGAUCUUCAUGGACACCUGGUCCUCCUGGCGGCCUACGAAGUCAUUGAUGACACCAAGCUUACCUCGAAACUGGUCUUCCCCGAGCUUCUGAAUCAAGGAAUGGACGCCGAAUCCCGGAAUGAAGAGCUACUCUACCAAGUGACCGACCUGACGGCUCGUAUUCCCAUCUUGUAUCCAUUCGCUGGUGACCGCGCCAAGUGGCUGCUGCCGGAACAGGAUCAUGAGCUGUUGAAGGAGGUCCGUGAGAUUCGUGCGGAAACGUCGAAGAAAGAGCCCGAGGUCCGCCGACAGGAGCUGGUCAAGGCUGCGUCCCCCACUGUUCUCGAGUUGAUCGCUGCCCGUGCGGACUCCUUGUUGGAGACCAGCUUCGGGUGCCAGUUCAUCUCCGAGGUUCUUUUCGAUGCGGAUGGAGACAAGAGCGCCGCUCUUGCUGCCGUGGCCGAGGCGGCCAAGUCCCGCGCCGACACCAAGGAGGCCCCGUUCGUGGGCCGGUUGUUGAAGUCGCUUGUUCAGGGUGGACGGUUCAACAGCGCGGAGAAGAAGAUUGAGAAGGUCCAGCCCCCGCUCAACUUCCACGAUCUGCUGUACGAGCAGAUCCAGGCCGAGAUCAUGUCUUGGGCCACCGGGUCGAAUACGUUCGUUGUCGUGGCUCUCGCCGAGUCCGAGGACUUCGCGAAGAAGGCCGAUCUGCUGAAGACCCUGAAGAAGAACAAGAAGGCCCUGGAGAAGGCCUCGUCGGAGACUGGAAAGGAUGGUAAGAAGGGCAGCCCAGCCAGCAGCGGUGCUAAGAUUCUUCUGGAGAAGAUUCGGUAGUGGCAAUGACGGAUUCAAUUCUACUAGUAUAGGAUGCAUGACAUGUGUGUAAUACCGGCCGGUUGACUGCAAAAGCAUAUCCCUUGGGUGUUUUGCUUUGAUUUUUGACUAUUCUGUUCUUUUUUUCUUAUCAUACCGUGAGAUAUCUAUUCGUCUUCUGUACAGGGUUUGUGAUAAAUAUCUGGGAU